GGCCUACUUUCAGAAUCCGUCUCAACUAGAGUGAGGAAACACUGUUCAAAUUCUGUUCCUGGAUUUGCAACUCACACUUAAGAGACUGAAAGCUCUAUCAGACAAGGAGUUUGACCAGGCAAGGCAGCAUACAAUAUCAGAUAGCUGUGGCAGCACACUUGUGAAAGCCAACAGGUUUACAUGAUGGAAUUUAAAUUCACAAGAAAGAGGCCACAUAUUUUGAAACAAUACUGCUGACAUUUUCUACUUCUUGCUAUACACUGUUGUGCUGGAUUUUUUCUGCCUAAAGACAACGUAACAUGGAUUUCAAGGAAAGCUGCCCAAGUGUUAGCAUCCCCAGCUCUGAUGAACAGAGGGUGAAGAAAAAAAGAUUUACUGUUUACAAAGUUUUGGUCUCAGUUGGCACUAAUGAAUGGUUCGUCCUAAGGCGAUAUGCUGAAUUUGAUAAACUGCAUAAUACACUAAGAAAACAGUUUCCCAAUAUGAAUUUGAGGAUUCCUGCUAAAAGAAUAUUUGGGGAUAAUUUUGAUCCUGACUUCAUUAAACAGAGAAGAACAGGACUGAAUGAAUUCAUUCAGAAUUUAGUACGGCAGCCAGAACUGUGUAAUCACCCAGAUGUGAGAUCGUUUCUUCAGAUGGAUAAUCCAAAGCACCAAUAUGAUCCAUCUGAGGAUGAGGAUGAAAGGAACAAUCAAAAGUUAAACUCUACCUCACAGAAUAUAAACCUGGGACCAUCUGGAAAUCCUCAUGCUAAACCAACAGACUUUGACUUCCUGAAAGUUAUUGGGAAGGGCAGCUUUGGCAAGGUUCUUCUUGCAAAACGAAAACUUGAUGGGAAGGUCUAUGCUGUUAAAGUGCUACAGAAAAAAAUAGUUCUCAACAGGAAAGAGCAAAAACAUAUUAUGGCCGAACGGAAUGUGCUCUUGAAAAAUGUGAAACAUCCAUUUUUAGUUGGAUUGCAUUAUUCAUUCCAAACAACAGAGAAGCUUUACUUUGUUCUGGAUUUUGUUAAUGGAGGAGAGCUGUUCUUUCAUUUGCAAAAAGAACGCUCUUUUCCUGAAUACAGAGCCAGAUUUUAUGCUGCUGAAAUAGCCAGUGCAUUGGGCUAUCUACACUCCAUAAAUAUUGUGUACAGAGAUUUGAAACCAGAAAACAUUCUUCUAGAUUCACUGGGACAUGUUGUCUUAACAGAUUUUGGGCUUUGUAAAGAAGGAAUUGCUAUGUCAGACACCACAGCAACAUUUUGUGGGACACCAGAGUACCUGGCUCCAGAAGUGAUCAGAAAGCAACCUUAUGAUAACACAGUAGACUGGUGGUGCCUUGGCGCUGUUUUGUAUGAAAUGUUGUAUGGUCUGCCUCCUUUUUACUGCCGUGAUGUUGCUGAGAUGUAUGAAAACAUUCUUCACAAACCCCUUCAUUUAAGGCCAGGCAUCAGUCUUACAGCUUGGUCUAUUUUGGAAGACCUUUUGGAAAAAGAGAGGCAAAACAGACUCGGAGCUAAAGAAGACUUUGCUGAAAUUCAAAGACAUCCUUUUUUUGAAUCUAUCAACUGGACUGAUCUCCUACAAAAAAAGAUCCCACCGCCAUUUAAUCCUAAUGUGUCUGGCCCAGAUGACAUCAGGAACUUUGACACAACAUUUACAGACGAGAUGGUACCCUAUUCAGUUUGCAUUUCUUCUGAUUAUAAUAUUGUAAAUGCCAGCGUGUUGGAAGCUGAUGAUGCAUUCAUUGGAUUUUCUUAUGCACCACCUCCUGAAGACUUAUUUCAAUAAGAUUUCUGGAAAUAACAAAUACAUCACAAGUCAUUUUAAGAUGGACUGAAAUGUUUUGAUGGUGAACAGUUUCUAAAAUGUGUGCCUCAUUUGAUAUGUUGAACAAAAUUUCUCUACUGUAAUAUGAGGAACUUGGGCAUUUUUUGAAUACUUUGACUGUUACACCUGCUGCACAAACAUAUUUUAGAACAAAUAGCUAUUCUUAACCUUGUUACUCUUUUUAAGCAAGGACCCUGAUCGCUUGCCCUCCAGUUUACAUUAACAUAUCCAGAUGGCUGUCUUUAAUAGCAGCACGCUUUAGCACAUUUAAAGGCCUUUGUAAUGAUCUAUGGUGACUUAGUGCUUGAAAUGUUACUAUGCAAUUAUUUUUGUAUAUCACUGGGGAUUUUUUUUAAAAAGAUAAACUUACCCAGUACAAUUUGUUUGCUUGUUCUUUAAAGCAAAUUGAUUUAAUUAGCCAUGCUUCCCAAUAAUUUCCUAACUUUAAUAAGAAUCAAAGAUCUGUGCAACGUUGUUCACUUCAUGAUCAAAUUGCUCCAUUUUUAGUCAUGGUAGCUGCAGACCACUACUUUACUCAAUAAAUUUGAUUCUUUCUAAUAGUAAAACCUAGAAAUAGGCUUUCUAGGUUGACUGGAUGGAACAAAUUAGCCUUAAAUACUUGCUGAUAACCUGUUUUCCUCUUCUUGUAGAAGAAGCUAAGUGUUGUUUCUGUUUUCUCAAGAAAUAGAUGAUGAAAAGUACUGCAUUUGUAGAAGGGACAAUUCCUUCUUGUAUGUAGAAAACUAAUAUAUUACAAUGUGAUUAUAUUAAAAUUCAUACUUCCUUGUAA